AUGGUCCUUCCCGUCAUCAGAGGCCAUAAAUUAGAUGGUUAUCUUCUUGGCAAGAAACCCUGUCCACCUGCCUUUCUAACAACUGAGAAUGGGGCAGCACCUAUUCCAGUAACUCAGCCUAACCCAGAGUAUGAGGAUUGGGUUACUAUCGAUCAACUUCUACUUGGAUGGCUCCUUGGUUCAAUGAGUGAAUCAGUUUUAACAAAAGUCGUCGGAUUGUCGACCUCACACGAGGUGUGGAAUAAAUUAGAGACUGUUUAUGCUAAUCAGUCAAUGGCAAAUGCUCUUAACUACCGACAGCAGCUACAACGGACUGUCAAAGGUUCUAUGUCAAUUGAUGAAUAUCUCACCAAGAUGAAGAAUUACUCCGAUCAAAUGGGGGUAGCUGGUCAACCCCUUCCAUUAACUGAUUUAGUAAUGAUUGUUCUUGCUGGUCUUGAUCGUGACUAUGAUAGUACCGUCUCUCUUAUUACUCAUCAGAAGGCUACCAUCACUUGGUCUGAUGUUGAGUCCAUACUUCUCACUCAAGAAAGUCGGAUUGAACAAUUAAAUGCUAUGAACAACGUCAUUCACUCUUCGGCUAAUGUUGUCACAAUGAACAAACAGGGAAAUCACUUCCAUAGGGGUUCAACACCAAUGAACUCCAAUUAUUAUUCUGAGCACAGUCAGGGUAGAGGAAAUCGACCACCAAAUCCAGCAAAUGGACCAAAUAAUCAAGCAAAUGCAAAUAUUGCCAAUACUACAUCAGCUCUUAUUGCAACGCCAGAUGUUGUUGGGGAUCCGGCCUGUCUUCCUUCCCCCAUCAUGUCAUCCUCGAGCUAUCCUUCUCUCCAACAUGAUAAUGGCUUAUCUCCAAGUUCUCCUGCUAUAGGUCCGAACGUGCAAGCCGAGUCUCUUCGCUCACACAAUGAAACACAACAACAUCAUACUACACCCAUCCCUUGUGAAAAUUCAACAACUGAAGAUCAUUCACCUAUAACUAUACCGACUGAAGAUACUCAUCUAACCAAUCCGUCCUUGCCACCUCUAAAUACCUCUAACCAUGAAUUACCCGUUAACCCACCUAUGUCUCACAGCCCAUUAGCUUCAUCUUCUCCACCUCCCAUAAGACACCGUAAACCUCAACCACAUAUUCCUACCCAUUCAAUGACUACCAGAAGCAAAGAUGGGAUUUUCAAGCCUAAGUCCAGAGCAAAGUGGAUGGUUAUGAUCAUGUUUGCAGAACCAUCAAUGCCUUACCUGUUAAUACUCAUCGUAUGA